AUGGGAGGCUGCAUUACACUACAAGAACUUUCAAAGAAAUGGAAAGCAUUGAGAGAUCGAUACUUGGGACUGAAGGGAAAGAAGCAGCCAUCAGGCUCUGGUGCAACAGCAGAUCAUACUUGGAAAUAUUAUAAACAGAUGAAUUUUGUUGACCUGGCAGCUGAAACUCAGGAAACAACAUCUAGUAUCCCACUAGAUCCUACAACCCCUACCAGCAUACCCCAAUCAAUUCUAUCAUCAAAAAAAAGAAGCAAUAAUGAAGAGAAUGAUGACAGAUUUUUCAAAGCCAUUGAAAAUAUCAACAAAUCCAAUUUGGAUGAAGUGGAUCAUUUUGCAUUGAGACUAUCAAGUGGUUUGAGAAGAUUGCUAAGCAAGCUUGAAAUCAAUUUUUUACAGCAACUGCAUGAUGCUGAAUUCAACAGUUUUUAG